CCGCCCCCCCGGCUCCUCGGCGUCUCUCAGCAUCAUGGAGAGUCUGGAGAAGCAGCUCGUGUGUCCCAUCUGUCUGGAGAUGUUCACCAAGCCGGUGGUCAUCCUGCCCUGCCAACACAACCUCUGCCGCAAGUGCGCCAACGACGUCUUCCAGGCGUCCAAUCCCUACCUGUCGACGAGAAGCGGCUCCACGAUGACGUCCGGCGGUCGUUUCCGCUGCCCGUCCUGUCGCCAUGAAGUGGUCCUGGACCGACACGGAGUUUACGGCCUGCAGAGGAACCUGCUGGUGGAGAACAUCAUCGACAUGUACAAACAGGGGAGCACCAGCAGUAAACCUGUGGAGGUGAAGCAGGAGCAGCCGAUGUGUGAGGAGCAUGAGGAGGAGAAGAUCAACAUCUACUGUGUGAGCUGCAGCGUCCCCACCUGUUCUCUGUGUAAGGUGUUCGGAGCACAUAAAGACUGUGAGGUGGCCCCGCUCGACAACGUGUUUACUAAACAGAAGGCGGAGUUGACUGACUGUAUCUCCAUGCUUGUUGGGAACAAUGAGAGGAUUCAGGCGAUCAUCAUUCAGCUGGAGGAAACCUGCAGAGCUGUCAAUGACAAUGGUAGCAGACAGAAGUCGAAGGUGUGCGAGACGUUCGAUCACCUGUUCGCCCUCCUGGAGGAGAAGAAAUGUGAGAUGACAGUGAGGAUCACCUGUGAACAGGAAGAGAAGCUGGACUACAUCCGAGGUCUGAGGAGGAAGUACAACGAGCACAUGGAGAACACGGCCAAGCUGCUGGAGACCGCCAUCCAGACCAUGGACGAGUCCGAGAUGGCCGUGUUCCUGCAGACGACCAAACCUCUGCUACAGAAAAUUGUGGAGGGCACCAACACGUCUCACCUGGACAAACUCCAACAUGGCUACGAGAAUAUGGAGCACUUCACAGCCAACUUCGAUCGUCAGCGGCGAGCGCUGAGCAACGUCGACUUCAUCAGAGCUGAAGAAGACGACGAUGAUGAUGAUGAUGAUGAAGAUGAGGUGGAGGUCAGAGGGACGUCAGACAGUCGAGUUGAGUCGCAGCAGCCAGAUGCACCUGCAGCAGCUACAGCCAAUCAGCACCCUCCUCUCUCACCUGUUCAGUUCUCAGCCCCGCCCCCUCAGAAAUCCUCAGAGGCACCGCCCACAGUGACCACACAUACUAAAAGCCCUGCUCCAUCAUCACUCAGUCAGGCCCCACCCCCUCUGCCUGUCCCCACUGCCAGUGCCACCCCCCAGGUUCAGUGUGACCAGCAGAACGAGUCGGAGGACAAAGAUGGACCCAAACACGUCUUCUCCUUCAGCUGGCUCAACCAGAAAUAGAAUCAGUGCAACCAGUGACACCAGUCCAGGACCUGGAUCAGUCUGACCCGGUCUGAGGACGUUUGUUGAAGGUUUUAACAGAAGACAUUCUUAAUCAAUGAUCUCUGAUGAUCCAUUAGUUGUGUGAA